UCUGCAGGGCAGGAAGGAGCUAUCCCCGGGGGUGAGAAAGAGAGAGAGGGAGAGAGGAAGAGGAAAGUGAAGACUCCCCACCCCAGGACAAAUGGAAAACCUCCCAAAAUAUUGGAACUCCGCUGUGACACGGGAUGGGCGGAUCUUUUUCAUAGAUGAUUUAACUCGUUCGACCACCUGGAUAGAUCCCAGAUCAGGACAGGGAUUCCGAACCGGUCACAGGCGACAUCCAGAUCUGCCUCAUGGCUGGGAACAAGCUUUCACUUUUGAAGGUGCAACAUAUUUCAUCAACCACAAUGACAGAACAACUGCUUUCCAGGACCCAGUGACAGGGGUUGUGCCUAUUGAGAACUGCAUCUUCAAACUGGAAGACAAAGCUAACAUGUCGAACCGGGCAGGAGGUGUGCGAGGCGAAGGAGGAGGUGGGCAGCGCCCAACCAGCAUUGCCAGUGAGAUGUCCAAUCACACCCUGAUUUCAGAAACCUCUCAGGAACAGACAGUUAGGACUUCCAGGUCAUCAAAGAAGAAUGCUGCCUUCGGCAAGAGGUCAAACUCAAUGAAGAGGAAUCCAAAAGCCAAUGUUCUAAAAAGUGGCUGGUUGUUUAAGCAGCUGAUUGUAAGCAGACAGCCAGAGGUUUUUCUCAAUAAUGACCGCUCCAUUAAUUAUCAGGCUGAACACGCAGGUAUCCGGACAUACUACUUGAGUGCGGAGAAUAAGACUGAGAUGGAGGAUUGGAUCAAUGCAAUGAAUGAAGCAGCGAGCAUACAGACCAUGCCCUUGAACAGCUCUGGAAUGAAGUAUGAAAUAAAACCUCCUUCAGAAUUGAACCACACAAGCAAUCAUAAACAGCUGAUUAAACCCAACUCAGAAAAGGUUCGAAGUGAAAUGGAUGGGUCUGAAAGAUACAACAGGAAGAGUGAGCAGAAGGACUCGAGCAACGAGCCAACAGCCAAGGUUAACGGUGUGACUAUACAGGAUGUGCCCUUUGACGCCAACAGUCCUGGUCCAGAGCUGAGAACUCAGCUGGGGCACGAGAAGCCUGUGCAACCUAAUGGGCACAGCUGGCAAAAUGCUUCCCCUGGUAGGCCUGGUGAAGAGUAUUUACAACAGGACGGGAUCAAUACAGUGCAUCGACGGGGCUUUGUCCCACGUACUAACACUGAGAAAAUGGCACAACGUCAAUCCUCAUUGACUCAAUUGCAGCAGUGGGUUAACAUGCGCAGAUCCGCACUCCCACAGGACGAACUGAGGAGCUCUCAGGUAUAUCACACACCGACCAGAGAUGUGCCAGAGUACUAUAGACUGUUAUCGCCCUAUUACCAAGAUGACUACCCGCAGUUUCUACAGCCUGGUACACGCCCGGACAGUAUUUGUUCUGUGCCAGCUUAUGACAGAAUGACAGCGCGAUGGUCCAUCGACGAGCGGCAGUCGGCAUUUCUGCCGAGGGAAUGGCAGGACCGCCGGGCGUACAGCGGGCAGGGGUCGCCCGUGUGGCAUGGGGCACAGCCCGGGUACAGCCACGAGGUCGACAGCAUCACCGGCACAAUGCGGAGGAUGUCCCUGCAGCCCCGUUCCCGCUCCGUGCCUCGCUCACCGUCCCAGGCUCCCCUCGUGGUGAACCGUGUCUACUCUCCGGUGAGGUCUCCGAGCGCCCGGUUUGAUAGGUUGCCACGCCGAAGGGACGAGAUGUUUGGCCCCCCAGCCUACACGCUGCGCCGGUCUCGCAGUGCAAAGCAAUACGACUAUUCCGGAGACAGGAGGCUAUCUGAACUGCAGCCAUAUCACUUCACUGCCUCUCGCUCAAUGCAGGACAGAAUGGUUCCAUAUCAGGACAGAUUCCAGGACCCACUGGAGCAUUACAAAGUUGACGAAGUGGAGAUUGACAAACUGCUGGGGCGACUUUGUGAGCAGAGCAAGAACCAACGGGAUCAGGAGAAAUGGGUCCUGCAGCUUCGGAAGGAGAAGGAAUCCCUGGAAAGUGCCUUGGAGAAAACCCACCGGGAAAUGGAGAUGUACCCUAACCAGCCAGGUUACACUGAGCAACUCGUACAGAAAAAAGAGUCUCUACAGAAUCAGUUGAUCAACAUUCGCGGGGAACUCUCGCAAGCAACCACGGCCUUUGCAAACACAAAGAUGGAGUGCGAUGCCCUCAAAAUGGAGCUGUCCAUCAUUCACAAUGACUUAUGGGAGCAGCUGAACAGCCCCAUGGGAAUGCAGGAUGAGGUGGGGCACAAGCACAUUCAGAAGGAGCUGUGGAAAAUUCAAGAUGUCAUGGAGGGACUACGGAAGUCUUAUCCCGAUCGAAUUACAACGGAGCCCCUUAAACAGCACGCGACAAGUGCCCAAAUGGGCACCUUCAACUCGAACAGUCCUGCCAGCCCUCUGAGCUCCACCAGCCUCACCAGUCCACUGAGCCCCUUCUCCCCCAUCUCUGAGUCACAGGUUUCUGCUCAGCAGACAGCCAAGGAGGUAAGCCCUGAAACCCGCCCGCCACGACCUCCCCUUCCACAGUCCUACCUGCCUCAAGGGUCGCUGCCUGUAGUUCCUCCUCUUCCCACUGAGAGCAGCCUCUGGGCGUACUCUAUCGAGGACAUCUGGGAGCAGGCGGAGAAAGGGAAGACAACCUUGGAGAUGAAGAGAAUGGAAGGAGGCACGGCAAAAUUGGGUCUUGAGGGAUCCAAGAAGGAAGGUCGUUUGAUGUUGCAUCCCAGCUUGGAGGGUAACAAGCAGGACGUAGAAGCUGAGAAACACAACAAAGGUACGAUCUGCUAG